GCCAAGGCGAAGGCAAAGGCCCGUUCCAAGAAAGGCAAGACAGAGAAGAAUGGUAAUGAUGAUGAAGCAGAGGUAGACGAGACAAAGGUAGGCGAGGGAGAGCAGAGCGACAUGGAAGAAGUCAAGACACCCGUGGAUGAGAUCGAUGAGGUUACAACCCCCAAGAGAAAGCUUUUUGAUCAGUCAGGCGAUGAGCAAGAGUGCAGUCCCCAGCCUGACAGGCAAGAGCACCUGAAAAGACUUGAAAACGAAAUGCUCCCCAAACCUGUCCGCAAAGCUCGCAAGGGCAAGGCUGCUGAGCCAGUUGCUCAGUCAGAGGUCCUAGAAGAGUCCGCGCCAAGUGCAGGCAGUGAGGCAAAGGGCAAGGGCAAGGGCAAGGGGCGGGGUCGUGGGAAUGGCAAAAAAGUUGUCAAGUCCCCCAAAGUCAAGGCCUCAAUCUUGCAGUCACCAGCCGUGAAGAAGGAGAAAAAACGCCGCCAACGCCGAGCCCCCCUCAUCCUGACCGAGGAGACCUUGGAGGAUAAGAUCAUGCAAGGCCUGUUCGUCGAACACAUGAAGCCUGUGGAUUGCCUUACCUACCAGGACUUACAGACCCACUUGACCACCAAUGGGGGCCUCUCAGGGUACAAGCGGUGCUCCCUGUCGGUCUAUUGGGGUCGAAAGGCUUGUGGUGUCAAGUUCAAGGGUGACCCAGCAGAGCCACAGAUUGCAUACUUUGCAUACAAGCACCCGAAGAUCGCAUCGUACAAUCAUUUGAUGUGUGUUGCCUAUGUCUCGGCUGGUCUGUUGGCUGAAUGGGUGGAUACGCAGGAUGCUGAUGUCGAUAUGACGGACAAGAGUCCGACUUCGCUUUUUGGAAAUGAGUUUGGACGUAUCAAGUUCAAUGGCAUGGCAGCUUUGGAUGAGCUGGCAAAGACCAUGCCAGCAGCUGGAGCAUAG